AGAAGUGGGACAAAACCAAAAAAACCCUAGCAGGUUCCCUCAUUUUCCACCGCAGCUUCAACUGUGAAGAGUGAAGAAGCUCCAUUUCAUAUUCGGAGCUCUCUUCGGCGAAAGCACACCAUAUGGAGACCAGGCAUUGCAGAUUCAUGGCUUUAAGAUUGAACCAUCAACCAAGUUCAAAGAAGAAAGCAAAUGGGAAUGGGGAAGAUAGGAUCAGCACAUUACCAGACCCACUUCUUGUCCACAUUCUCUCUUUCCUUCCAACCAAAUAUGCUGUUGGAACCAGCGUUCUAUCAUCAAGAUGGAAACACAUAUGGGCUUCCGUCCCCAAUCUAGAUUUCAAUGAGUGGGAAAUCUUUUCUCCGUUUGCUCUCCGGAAGCAUCAUUUCAGUUUCAUGAAUUUCAUUAACAGAGUAUUCUUCUUUCAUGAUUUGACAAAUAUUCAACGAUUCAGUAUAAAUUGUGAUCCAGAUAUUGAUAAAUCUCGUUUGAAUAUGUUUAUAAGGGCUGCUAUAAUGCGUGGUGUCCGUGAAAUUGAUAUCAACGUUUGUGAAUCCGUGAAUCUUAAGUUGCCAAGUAACCUCUUUACUUGCAAUACCCUUGUAGUCUUGAAGCUUGGACCUCGACUUCAGGUUGAUGUUCCUGCCUCAAUUUCUUUCCCUUGUCUCAGGAUCUUUCAUGUAUCGCUUAUUUGUCCGAGUAAUGACUUGACCCAGAAGCUCUUUUCUUCCUGUCCUGUGCUCGAAGAAUUAUCCAUUACUGCGGAAAUGGGUCGUGGAAAAACAGUAUAUAACAUUUCUUCAUCAGUUCUGAAGAUUUUAUACUUAUCUUUAUCUAGAAAAAAAUCUGGAAACUCUGACAUUGUGGUUAUGGUUGAUGCACCAAUUCUUGAAUGCCUUUGCGUCGAAGAUUAUUGCUUUGUUCACUAUUGUCUGAACAACCUAUCCUCAGUAGUUAAAGCAUGUGUUAGUGUUGAUGCCUUCUAUCCACAUGCCACACCACAUGUGAACCAGAUAUUUGUGCUUUUGAAAGCAAUCACUAAUGUGAAGCAUCUACAUAUACAGUCUAGAAUUAUGGAAGCUCUCGGCUUUGCUAAUGAUGAAGAUUGGCCUGUGUUUCCUAAUUUGACCUGUUUGGAAAUAGAUGUUUGCAAUGACUUUGGUUGCAAGAGUCUGUCAGACUUACUCAUGCAUGUGCCUAAUUUGGGCACUAUGGUAUUGGUGAAGCAAUUCAACUGGUUGGAACCACAAGGGGUGCCAAGCUGUUUGAGGUCUUCCCUUAAAGAAAUUAAUAUCUAUGGCAUUGAUGGGUUGCAAGAUGAUCUUGAUAUGGUAAAGUAUUUCUUGGGAAAUGCGGAAGUCUUGGAAAAAAUGACAAUUGAGCAGGGAGAUUUAAACAUAGAUGAAGAGAAUGAGUUUCUUAAGAAACUUGCCAUGUUUCCAAGGUGUUCAAAAUAUUGUCAAGUCAAACUUAUUUGAGAAUUCAUUCAUCAAGGUUUCUGGUGCCAUUCUUCUGGAGGCAUGUGUACUUAUUUUGUAGGAAGUGAUUGAGUUGGUUGACUGACAUUUGACCCACGGAGAUAGUUGUUAGUUUCUGGUUCCAAAACCUAUGCUUUGAAUUCUAUUUUAGUAGUCAGACUACAUAUCUGAUCUAUGUACGUUUGCACACAUAUUAUCAGUCUUUGACUGUUUUAUAUACUUCCUUUGAAGUUGUUACUGUGUAAAAAAAUGGUAACAUGUGACUUUGUUUAAUUGUUACCUUUUACAUGGCUAUCCUUGCAUCUAUAUAUGUUUAUAUAUUUUCCUUUUCUAGGUUUUA